AUGUCAACCAGAAAGUCAAGCAAGUCUAAGAAAGCACGGACAAAUGAAUCUCCACAAGCAUCUACAUCUGAUAUACGCGCCUCAUCAAACAAGCGCGAUAAACUAUACGAUAUGGCCAACGUCGUCCUCGACGCAGCAGGCAACAUAGCCGAGAUAUCGGAUGUACUCGCUCCUCUUAAAGCAGCGAGUAAAACAGCAAAACAGAUUCUCGAAAUUGUCCAGGCGAUAGAAAGCAACCAACAAGAACGGGACGAUCUCAUCAAACUUCUCAAGGAGUACAUCUCCGCAAUCGAUGAACAAAUCGUCGUGUUCGAGGCAUAUCCCCCAGAGCGCAGGGUCGCCGACAAGGCGUUCAGCCAGCCGCUUAUCCAUUAUGUCGAAUUUCUUGAGGACCUGCAUGACACGGUCGUCAAUCUACAGGAGAAACGCAAGCGCAGCAAACUCGGCUUCUUUACCGCGUUUGCCAAGGUGAAAGUUGAUGCGGGUGAGAUUCGUAAAUUCAAUCAAGGUCUCGACGACCGGCACAAGCAACUCAUGGGCUCAUUGGGAGUUUUUACCGCUUUGCGCGUCCAAGCCAUCGAACGAGAUGCCAAAGCUAUUCUGGCAAACGUCGACAAAUCCGCCAUACUUCAACUUCCAUUGGCAUCAUUUGUUCCAUCCUCGGUCCACAAUACCUGUCUCGAAGGAACGCGCAAAGCUGUCCUCCAGACGAUCUACGAAUGGGCCAACGACGACAAUCCGGAGAAGCCGAUAUUCUGGCUCUGUGAUAUUGCUGGCUCUGGCAAGUCCACAGUCGCAAUGACUGCAAUGGAAUCAUGGUGGAAGCAGGGAUUGCUAGGUGGCCAAUUCUUCUUCUCUAUCGCGAGCAACGAAGCUUCGACCACUGAGAGACUCUGCUCGACCAUAGCAAGAGACCUCGUUCAAUACAUCCCCGAGCUCGCAUCACACGUCUCUCAGGCCGUAACGCAGAAUCCCUCUAUCAUGCGAAGCGCGUUCGACGAGCAAUUUCAAGCGCUCAUCGCUGGUCCCGUCCAGGUCCGGCAGAAACGCAUAAUCCUAGUCAUCGAUGCAGUGGACGAAUGCAAGUCUGGACCACAGCGCAAAGAACUCGUCGAGACGCUGUCUUCAGCGGCUCGACAGUGCAGGAACCUCCGGAUAUUCAUGACGAGUCGCCCAGAUCCUGUCAUGGAAGCUGUACUGGGGUCCCUCUCGAUCAAAUCCAAGUUGGAGGACCGCCUUCACGAUGUCACACAUCGUGAUAACAUCGAUGAUAUUGCAAUCUAUGUACAUCAGUCGCUCAAUCAAAUCCUCUCAGAGGACAAGAUACAGCGACUGGUUGCAAAAGCCAACGGAUUGUUCAUCUGGGCGAGCACAGCGUGCCGAAUGAUCAACAAUCAAUCGACCUUAAACACCCCUGAGAGCAUAUAUGAUCGUUUGAUGUCCUUGGAGGAAUCUGGAGCUAUAGAUGGAGUGUAUGACCUCGUCUUCGAGCGAACAGACAAGGAAUCUUAUACGGUUCUAUGUCACAUGCUCGCCAUACUCCUUGUAGCGUUCGAACCGCUUACGAUCGGCGACAUGGAGGAUGUUGUAAAGCACGUCGGAGUACGGGGGAGUGUCACGGGCCUGGUCAAAAAUCUUGGAAGCGUACUCAGUGUGGAAAGGGGGACAAAUAUGAUCCAGUUUCGACAUCCCACCCUCGUCGAAUACCUUCGACGCUGCUCCAAUGUCACAGCCGAUGGAGGUAGUAAUAGAAUCCAUCUCGACGUGGUCAAUGCGCAUGGUCGAGUCGCAUCAUGGUGUCUCAAAUGCCUCAGGUCGCGGACCGACGGCCUCAAGUUCAACAUAUGUCAAAUCGAGUCAUCUUUCUAUCUUAACAGACAGAUUUCUGACCUCGAGGCGAGAGUAUCAAAGUUCAUUCCAAGAAAGCUUCGAUAUGCCAGCUCCCAUUGGUUGUUCCAUCUGUCGGGAACGGAUGACAAGUGGCGAAGCAAGCUUGAAAAGGAAUUCCAGCGCAUUCUUCAGAGCUCAUACGCACUAUAUUGGAUGGAGAUUCUGAGCUUCACUAGAGGGGUGCCACGAGCGAUCAGCGGUCUGCGUGCUCUUGCGGGUCACAGGGCACUCGGCAAAGAGACUAGGAUGUGGAUGAGCGAUAUCCGAAGGUGCUUGAUAGCAUUUUCUGUGCCAAUUCAAGAUAGCGCUCCACAUAUCUACGUCUCAGCACUUCCGUUCUCUCCGAGAAAGUCGAAUAUAGGGCUAGAGGAAUCGUAUGCCGGUCUGCCGACAAGCCUCCGAGGUCACAGCGGCACCGUCAAGGCUGUUGCAUUCUCGCCAGAUGGCUCGCGGAUUGUGUCUGGCUCUUCUGACAAGACGGUUCGAAUUUGGGAUGCAGAUAGUGGCGAGCCGUUGGGAGAGCCACUCCGAGGCCAUACCAACAUGGUCACCGCCGUCGGAUUCUCGCCAGACGGCUCACGAAUCGUCUCUGGCUCUUGGGAUGAGACGAUUCGACUUUGGGACGCAAAUAGUGGUGAGCCGUUGGGAGAGCCACUACAAGGCCAUACCAACGGGGUCACCGCCGUCGGAUUCUCGCCAGACGGCUCACGAAUCGUCUCUGGCUCUUUCGACCACACAAUUCGACUUUGGGACGCAAAUAGUGGUGAGCCGUUGGGAGAGCCACUACAAGGCCAUACCAACGAGGUCAGCGCCGUCGGAUUCUCGCCAGACGGCUCACGAAUCGUCUCUGGCUCUGGAGGCCACACAAUUCGACUUUGGGACACAAAUAGUGGUGAGCCGUUGGGAGAGCCACUCCUAGGCCAUACCAACAUGGUCACCGCCGUCGGAUUCUCGCCAGACGGCUCACGAAUCGUCUCUGGCUCCUGGGAUGAGACGAUUCGACUUUGGGACGCAAAUAGUGGUGAGCCGUUGGGAGAGCCACUCCGAGGCCAUACCAAACCGGGAUCUUGGCCGUCGGAUUCUCGUCACACGGCUUGCAAAUUUUCUCUGGCUCGGCUGAUAACACCAUUUGGCUCUGGAACAUAG